GGUUUACCUGGUGGAAAUUGCUGAUUCAUCAUAAAGUUCCCAAUAUGUCUCUGCUCAAGGCUCAACGAGCUAUAAAAUUACUGGGAAGCUCGUGCCUCAAAAUGCGUUGUCGUACAGGAAAUGUUUUGUUAGCGAAGUUCUCUAGUAUGCCAGCGACUCGGUGUAGCCCUCGCUCGCAAUUCGUACCUUCUGGGUCACCGUUUCACCUUUUCAACGCUCGGGGAUUCACGACCACGCGUCCAACCGCCAACAAGUACGCCCGCCUCGAAUCUCUGGAGGCCGGAGCCAGUAUCGCCUUGGAAGCUCUGCUCGAUUCAGAAGGUUCCAACACAGAACUACCAGCAGCGGGACCAGAAGAAAGUAAAGAACUCCUUAAGUCUGCGCGCGUCUGUCUGAUCGAAAUCACGAACCUGUUCAUCGCAUGGUCCAGAGAGGACGAGAUGUACAUGUUCAAAUUCGACGAGGCAGAAGCACCCGAGGGCUCAGAUCUCUAUCGUGCCCGUGCCGUCGUGGCCACCAUGCUCAAAUGCGUCGCCCACGACCUUCGCAGAAUCCCCAAUACGCACCCAUCUCGUUCAUUUCGUGAGGACGAAUCGGACAAAUACACUCUGGGUUUUAUGAUAGACCAAUUAACUGAGGCAGCCGACAAACAUCUGCAACACACGGAUGGGAGUCCACCAGCGAACUGGAGUGAUUUCUGGGACGAUGUGUAUAUCCUGAUGCAUGCAAUGAUCGGAAAACUACGGGAAGCAGGAUACGGUAGCGACCAGUGACCACGUCGGUUUGUCUGCCAUGCCUAUUUCCGGGAGCAUAGGGAGUUCGUUUAUGGUCGCAUCAUGUCAAGGACUAUACAUACGUACUACAUAUUGGGUCAGACAUAGUAGUGGACUACGUUAUGCCCGGCUACCAACAGGGUACUUACCG